UUUUAUCUUUGGAACAUCGAUCAGGUACACCGUGGUAGACCUCAUGAGUAGAAUUGAUUUAUGAAUAGGAAGGUGCUGUCAGGUCCUGGCUACAAGAUACUGGAAACCGCAGGUCUUCAUCUUAUUCCGUUAAAAAUUGAAUAAAAAAAUGACCACGGCCACUGUUCAGUUGGACAGAUCAUAUAUAUAUAGAAUAUAUAUUACAUCAUACAUAUAUAUAUAACAUCCCUUGACCCUUUUUAUCUCUUAGUCAGUAUAUUCUUGACAUGUAUUCAUUUCUAUAUUCAAACUUUCAUUGGAAAAUAAUCAUGCAUAAGUUUAUAACUAAAGUUUUACUGAAAAGGAUACUUUUCUGAGUAUGGUGAGUUUGAGGUUCAGGCCUCUUGUUGGGUCUAUAAAUUCAGAAUAAUGACACCAAUCUAAAAUCACAAUAUCUUAUCCCAUAGAGGCGAGUAUAAUGAACAACUUUUCAUGAACAGAAUACUUUUGGAAUGUUUCAUUGAGGAGGCAUGUUGCGCAAGAAAUACUUUUUGCACUAGGUGCAAAAUAGCUGGGAAAAUCGACUUUUGGUAAUUUCGAAAGUUUCAUAGCUCCACUAAAGCUUAUCCAACCCGCGAGUUACGCAAUCCUAGAUCCUUGGAGGUGUUCUCUACAAACUGACAAAACUUGAGGGUAUGUUUAGAGGGACCCUCCUCCCCUUAAGACUAUUGUUAGUAGAAAAAAUAGAAGUUGAACUUUGGUUUUAGAGUAAUCUUUGUUUAAGUUGUAUCAGCUUUUUGUGACAUACUCGACAUCGAUUUUGAAAGCGGUUUUUUUCAAAACAAACCACAAAUUCUUGAUCUAUUUUUCUCUGAUGAACUUGUUUUAUUCGAGAAACAUUUUGCAGAGAUGCUAUAUUAAUGCAGUUUUUAGCGUAGAUCAUGAGCAAAAUACUGUGUCGAGCAUAUUAUUAAGAAACAAUGAUAUACUAUUUUCUGCUUUUCUCGUUUUGUUAGACGAUAAUUCAAAAAUCAAGUAUUCGUUCUGUAAGAUUUCCUCGUGAAAUUACUCUCAUAUCCACAUCAAGUAGCUCCUUAACAUCUCCCUUGUCAUCAUCUCAAACAUCCUCGUCGUCAUCAUCCGUAACAAUCAUAUUAGAAGUAAUAAAUAAAAAUAAAAUUAAAAAAUUCGUAUCACCAAAGCCGAAAGUGAAAUAUAGAAAGCGAACAACAAGAAUGCCACUAGCCGUUCGAUAUCAUAGUGAUUCUGAAAGCAUUUUGAGUCUGGGAAAAUGUUCAAAAAAAAUGAAUAAAUAUGUUCGAAAAUAUCACUCAAUAAAGAAAUUUUCUCUCCAAAAACGAGAGAGAACAUUAUACGAUGAGAGUUUAUUGGAUGAAAAUAUUUAUAUUUCAAAUUAUAAUGAUGAUAAACACAGUAAAACAGAUUUUUGCUUACAAAAGUUUCUAUUAAAUUAUGACACUUUUGUUCACGUGGUUUCGUCUUCAUCAUCGAGUGUUAACGAAGAUGGAAAGCAAAAUAAAGAAAAGAAUGUGGAGAAAAUUGAAAGAAAUAUAUCAGAAUUUUUAAAUAUUGAAAAUAGUACAGCUCAACCAUUGAAAACAACAUCGCUGUUAGAAUUUUCAACAAUAACAGAUGAAAAUUUAUUAAAACAAAAAAUAAAUGAUUAUAAUGGCAAUCGAUAUCGUAUUAAAUCUCAACCAAUAAUAUUCCAAUCGUCGUUAUUCGGAAGCUAUUGUCCUGAUCAUCGAUUGAUACCCAAUGAAAAAUCUGACGAUAUUGGGUCGUUAUCUCUGCAUGAACCGAACCUGAUAAACAAUUCAUCAACAAAUAUAAUUGGGAUAUAUGAUGAAAAACAGUUGUCUACAACUUCUUUCUCAUCCACUGUAAAAAGUCCAGUGAUAAUUACCCCUAGUGAAUUAUCCCCAUUGAAUGCAAAUCCUCAUUGUUGGACUAUUGCGUUCGAUCAAGAAUACGAUGAAAAGGAAGAAGUAUUUGAUGAAAAUUCAAAAUCAUAUUCAAUUGUGUGUAGUUCAUCCAAUGAGGGAAAAGUAGAUUUUAUCACACCAUCCAAUGAUAGGAACAUUGACAAUGCUGAUCUACUUCUGCCAUUUCAAACUAUAGACACUGAACUAAGAUUAUUUGUCGAUAAUACAACUUCCUUUGUGAAUGAUAAUGACUUACUAUCACAUAAAAAAACAUUUGAUAGAACAAAUACUGAUCGAACGGUGGAUGAUGAAUUAAAUCUAGUUGGAAGUCGACGACAAAACUCAGAUCUUGAUCUAACAUCUAUAUUAACAAUAGCUGAAGAUUUAAAUAUUAUUCUUAACGAGUCAGAUGAGACUGUUGCUGCUGUGAAACAAGAAAAUUCUGAAAAAGACUCAAAACAACAGUCGUCAAUUGAAGAAAUUAUUCGUUCAUUAUCCGAUGAACAGCUAUUAUCACCGACGCAAUCUACAAUAGAAUUUUGUUCUGAUGUUCAAAAACAUCAGCCUCUUGAUGACGGUUACAGUCAUCAAGUGUGGGACAAUAUUUUUGUAAAUCCUGUCGUUGAAGUACAAAUGGAUCCCUGUCGUUGUGAAAAAGUCAGUAGAAAAAUACAAACGGAUUUUGUGUCAUUUUAUUCAACAACUCGUAUACAUAAUGAAAGACAAGUACGUUUUACUCAAAGUCAAUCAACAUGGAAUACAAAUCUUGAUAUGAAUGUAUUACGCUCAGCUAAUAGUGAUUUAUUAUGCUACAUAUUUUUACCAGAAAAAGAGAGAUUGGCAAAAAAAUACUCAUAUUGUAAUCUUGCCACUAGCAGAUCAUCAUAUAUCACAGACAAGAAAACAAAUGACUCAUCAUCAACUACAUCAUCGAUGACAAACAUUAACAACCAUCAAGAAACAACUCAUUCAAACAAUAAGGAAGCCAACUUAUCGAAUUUGUUUACCCUCGAAGUCAAACCAUCUGCUAGUCUCUGUGGAAUCGAACUCUCUCAUAACAAUAAACCAAAAACAAGUUUAUAUUCGCAGUUCAAUUGUGAUGUAUGUUUUAAAAAUUCGAUGUUAUUAAAUAGUCAUUUUGGAACUGUAUUAGAACUUUAUUCAGUUUUAUGUUCUACAUUAGUCAGUUCAGUUGAUUUGAAAUAUUUUCAAACGAUUGAUCUUCAUUCACCAAUAGAAAAAUGGAAAAUUAUUAAUGAAUUAUUUGUUAAAAUUUGUAAAAUUUGUUCAAAAUUAAUUGGUAAUCAGCAUAGAAAUCCCUCAGUAUUAAAAAAAUUGAUUAAAAAAGAUCAACUAAAAAAUCACACCCAAUCGUUGACAGUGAGAAGAGUAGAGCAUUUAGAAAAGUUGUUAUUAAAUCAUAACAAACAGCAAGAAGAAUACACUGAUGAUUCAUCAGGUUUCGAUUGUUCACAAUCACUAACAGAUGAACCUCACUUAACUAAGAAUAGUAACGAGUGUGUAACGGAUCAAUCAGACUUGUUAGAAAUCUCAUAG